AUGGAGCAUCUGAAUGACUUCGAAUUGGCUGAUGACGUUACUCUCCUAGCACUACGGCGCUCUGACAUGCAGAGUAAGCUUGAUGAUCUUGCCGAUCGCUCCUCAGCGGAAGGUCUCAAAAUCAACGUCAACAAGACCAAAUCGUUGGAUAUAAACACGGUCAACCCUUCCAGCUUUACGGUAGCUGGGCAACCAGUGGAGAAUGUCGAAAGUUUCCAAUAUCUUGGUAGCCAAAUGGCGUCUGAUGGAGGCACCAAGAUCGGCAUAGGAGCACGGAUCAAGAAGGCGAGGGCUGAUUUUGUGAGUUUAAGAAAUAUCUGGAAAAACAAUCAGAUUAGUCGACGCACCAAAACCCGAAUAUUCAACUCGAACGUGAAAUCUGUACUACUAUAUACCAGUGAAAGCUGGUGCGUAUCAGUGGAGAACACGCAACGGCUGCAGGUUUUCAUCAAUAGAUGCCUGCGGUACAUAAUUCGUGCAUGGUGGCCUCACAACUGGAUCUCUAAUGCUGAGCUCCAUCGUCGAUGUCAUCAGAAGCCGAUAGCGACAGAAAUUCGGGAACGAAAUUGGAGGUUUCUAAUACCUUUCCUUUUUUCUAACCCCCCUCAUAAGAUCGAACUCGAGAAGCUAAAUGAAGCCACAGAUUACAUCAACAAGUAUGAGGUGGAGCUGGAUGAAGCCCGCAACGAGUUCCGAGAGCUGCUCAAAGAAAGCAUGGAAAAGAUCAAAGCAGUCGCGAAAAAACUGGGCAGUUCGAUCGAAAUCGCCAAACCGUACUACGAGGCUCGACUGUACGCUUCCCAGUUGGCCAAAGAAACGCAACAGUCGGUGCUGAACUUCGACAAGGCCAAAUCUGUACAUGCGGCCGCGAAGGAAAUGGUCUUUCUCGCCGAACAGGGUCUCGGCGAGAAGUCCACACUGGAUACGGCCUGCCAGGAGAUGCUUACCCAUGCUACCACCCGGGUCAAUGAGUCGCAGAAUGACUGUACGGAGAUGCGGAACGUGCUGCGGAUUAGCGAGUUGAAGUUGGACGUCGCUAACAAUAGGGUUACCAAGCUGCACUCGCAGUUUAAGGGAGCAAUUCGGGCGUCGAGUAUGGAUGUUCGCAGAAACCUGCUACUGAUGAAUUUGCUUGUUUAUCAGAAUGAGUUAUUGUUUUUACCAUACUACGAGUUACGCGCCAACUACAAUGCACUGUUGCUAGAGCACAAGCAAAAAGUUUUGGACUUGGAAGCUAAGGUUUCGGAAGCCAAAAUGACCUACAAUGAGGCACUAAGCAAUUUGGAGAAGAUUUCGGAAGAAAUCCACCAGCAGCGCAAAAUUCGCACCAAUAGUAUAGAUGAGGACGCUUCCUCUUCUUCCUCGUCGACGAAUCAUCUGCGGAACUCGACGACGCUGGGUGGACAGAUGCUAACGUACAGCAAAUCACCACCUGCAGCGAGGAUCGAGUGCAAUGACGAGUAUCUGGAGUUUCCGGCCAAACUAGGUCUGAAGUCCAGUCCGCUCAAGCAGAAAUAUCUGGACAAGCUAGAUUGUCCCCAUUUGUUGAGAGAUUUUGCACGGAAGACUAGUCCUAGUGCGGAGAGUGACUCCGAUAACAACUAUCUGUUCUCGCCGAAUCGGACAAUCGAUGACAUCACCAAUAUGUCUUCGGAAGAUAUUGAACAGUGGACGGAGAUUCGGUUGUCACACUCGAACAGUACGAGCUCGGAGUACUCGCAGCGUAAUUCGCCGCUGGAUGAUGAUGGUAGUAGUUUACCACAGGAAGUGGUGUCCGAUUCUACGGAAACGGAUACGGACGAUACCAAUUCAGGACCAAGAGUCAAAGCCCGCAUAAUCAAGAUGGAGAUCUACGAUGACAGCGCCAAUCAGAAUGCUUCUGCCAAGCGUAACGAAGGCAUCGCCGGAUGGAUCACAGGUCGUACGAUAGGUCGCUCGGCAUCCAUCUCGAUAGGGGGUUGUUCGCCGGUAACGGCGGAUUCAAGCUACGGUGCAACGGAGGGGACCAGCUCCGGUAGGCGUCAGAGUUUGGACAUCAUCAUCGAUACCGGCGAUCGGGUGAAGGAUGCUUUCACCCAGGGGAUUCAGCGGAUCGGACGAAGCUUGGAACGACGGAACAGUGAGUCGGAGAUUGCUCGAGACGGCGAUUCCACUGGGGGGAGUAGCAUUACGGGCGGUGGCGGUGGGAGUACUGGCACGGGGAGUAACUCUGGAACGGGGAGUGAUUUUUUUCUCUUCCAACGCUCGUCGGAUUCUGCGCGGGAUGGCCUCUCAGAUGAACAGGUUGAGAACCUUCUUCUAGGCCAGGACUGUUCGGACCUAUUUCAGAACGUAGUCAACAUAUCGAAGUAGGUCGGGGACAGCAGCAAUAAUUCGGUCGAGCGGCGGUGUUUUCUGUGAUUUUAACGAGAGCGGGGCCAUCAAGGGAGACGAACGUGUGGCGGAGUGCUAUAUUGAAGCGGCUAGAAAUUAUACACUUAUUAAGCAAUUACUCACGGUAGAAAAAGUAGUGUUUCAAAGAAAUUUGUAGGUUAAGAAAACAAGCCCACUGCGGAAACGUUCAGGAUGAAGUAUAAGGUGACGUAUAAACAUUUGACAGGAUGACCGAUGGGGUGACAACAUCGCAGCUAGCCGCGAAAUUAUUCAAUUUUCUUAUGCGAGGUGACUUACUAAUCCAAAACAAACCAUAUCAACCAACAUGGAAGGGGUAUGAUAGAUUUUCAAAAUCGGCGAAGGACAUUUUUUCACGUAACUUCUGGGAAGUUGGAACCAAAAGAAUGGACUUCGGACUUAAUAACAAUUGGAGAGCAAUUUUAACCUAUUAAAUUAGCUUCGCGGAUAUUUGGAAUGUUGUCCCUCGUUUCGGUCAUUCUUUCAGGGAAUUGUUUGAUGAGUAGAAUGCUGAUGAGAUGGGUAAAAAGACUAUUCCUAUGAGUUGCAUUUGUUGACAAACGGUAUUGAAUCGCUGUAGCUGUAGGGCCUAGCUGCCCCUUAGUCCAUCAUAACCUAUGUUAAUGAUGGAGCCAUAUAGAAUAAAUGUCAUAAAUAAAUACCGAAACAAAACUGCUGCUUACAAGACAUAUAUUGCGCAUUACGUUGACUGUAUAUGAACAGACAAAAAUAAAGAUUUCGUAGUGAAACAUGGAAGCUAUUGUAUGGAUAUUAUUACAACCAAACAUAUUGUGAGAAAUAAAGCAAUUUUAGCUGUCAAACAAUGGACUGUGGUUCAAGCAACAAGAA